AUGUCGGAUUCAGAAGAGGAUUCCAUCGGCUCGAGUCUCUCGAGUGAUUCGGAAUUUUCGGACUUUGACUCCCGGGAUGAGAGCCCGUCCAGUGGGUAUGUGGAUGAUGAAUCCGCUAGUGUCCGAAGUGCCUCCACGGCUAACAGUGACUCCAAGAAAAAGAAAAAAGUGACAUUUCAGAGCGACGAGAAUCUCGUGUUGAUCCGUGAGAUUCCGGCGAGAGGUUUGUUCAGCAGAUGGACCUUAGAGUCAGAUUCCGAGAGUGACACAGAAGGGGAGAGCUCGCAAAGGGUUCGUGCCCCAAAUAACUGUAUUGCAAAGGGUAACUAUGAGGUCAAGAAGUCAUCCGGCAGAACGGCUGCUAAAGUCGCUGCGAUCACAGGUGCUACCUUACCAAAGAAAGCAGAAAGUAAGAGAGCGACUAAAAGACGUUCAGUGAAAAAAGAAAAACGGAAAGAAGCAACAGUGUCGGAUUCCAACGGAAACGAAGAGCCUCCAAAAACGAAGGGGAAAGGUGCUCGUGUGAAGGGAGGAAAAAAACAUUCAAAUAAAGGUUCAAAAUCAAAGUGCAAAAACGAACAGAAAGAUUCGGCGACCGAUGACAGCGUGCCACAAAAUAUAGCGUCAUCUGUGACGUCAUCACCUGUGACGAUUCCGCCAAAGUGUGAAAAGAACUCAGGUGACGUCGAAAGAAUACCGAAUGCCAAAUCGAACACUGCUGUGCGACUUGUGGAUUUCUUGGACAACAAUUGUGAUAAGGAUGCGAAUCCGAUCAAAAGGAUCGAGAAAGUGUGCAUUGUGGAGGAAGAAUUUACCCAGAAUUCUACGGACUUUCUAGACGCCAUUAUUCAGUCAAGUGACCGUCUGGAUGUGAGAACUAUGUCUAAGACAAACAGACGACUGUAUAGCUGGUUAAUGGCUAACGGUAAUAUUCCCAACCCUCAGGAGGAGUCCCCGUGUAUCGCCCCAAUGUGGGACAGUUCAUGUCCAGCAUCCCAGGGAACGUAUCAAAGUGUUGUCAAAGCCCCUACAUGA